AUCCACUUAAGUUGUAAAAAUGGCGGCUACAAACGUUCACGGGAAGUAAUUCAGGCAUCUCCAAACUACUUCUGACAAACCAGCACUUUUUUAUCUCCAGCGAAAGCGAAAGAAAAGGAGAAGGCGUUGAAUGUCACGAUGGAGUGCAUGUUGAUCAUGAAUCGAAUGAGUUCUCAGGGUAGCUCUGCAUCCCAGCGGCGACGGUUGGCUCUGGGGGUGGUGAUACUCCUGCUAGUGGAUGUCAUCUGGGUAGCUUCAUCUGAGCUCACAUCAUACAUUUUCAAGCAUCAGGAGUACAACAAGCCCUUCUUCAGCACAUUUACCAAGACAUCCAUGUUUGUACUCUAUUUGUUGGGUUUCCUGCUGUGGCGGCCCUGGAGGCAACAGUGCACUGGUUCCCAUAAAUACCAACAUUCUUCGUUUUUUACUGAUGCUGAGGCCUACUUUUCUCCCCGCAACAGUGACACCGGUGUGAACAACUGCUUGAGUGAACCACUAUAUGUUCCAGUGGCGUUCCAAGACCUUCCCUCUGAUCAUUCCAAUUGUUUCAGUGAAGACUGUGAAUCUUCAGCUUCUAAAAAGCAUCGGGUGCGCUUUAGUAAUGUUAUGGAGGUGCGCCAGCUGCCCUCCACUCAAGCCCUGGAGGCCAAACUAUCUCGCAUGUCCUACCCUGCUGCCAAGGACCAUGAGGCAAUGUUGCGCACAGUGGGAAAGCUGACCAUCACUGAUGUGGCCAAAAUCAGCUUCUUUUUCUGCUUUGUGUGGUUCCUGGCCAACCUGUCCUAUCAGGAGGCUCUCUCUGACACACAGGUUGCCAUUGUUAACAUUUUGUCAUCCACGUCAGGCCUGUUUACACUUAUCUUUGCUGCCAUAUUUCCCAGUAGCAGCAGUGACCGCUUCACCUUGUCCAAAUUGUUAGUAGUGGCACUAAGUAUGGGGGGUGUUGCCCUUGUGAGCGUUUCCAGCAUGGACCGCCCUGACGAAAAAGGCACUAUCGGUUCCUUAUGGUCGCUGGCUGGGGCGUUAUUAUAUGCUGUCUAUAUUGUGAUGAUCAAAAGACUGGUAGAUCGAGAGGAUAAGCUAAAUAUUCCAAUGUUCUUUGGGUUUGUAGGUCUGUUCAACCUGCUGCUACUGUGGCCUGGCUUCCUCCUGCUUCACUACACUGGUUUUGAGACCUUUGAGCUUCCUAGCCAGCUCGUGUGGACCUACAUCCUCGUUAAUGGACUCAUUGGAACAGUUCUCUCAGAGUUUCUUUGGCUCUGGGGCUGUUUCCUCACGUCAUCCCUAAUUGGGACACUGGCCCUGAGUCUCACCAUACCGCUCUCUAUUUUGGCAGAUAUUUGCAUGCAGAAGGUACGUUUUUCAUGGCUGUUUUUUGCAGGGGCAGUGCCCGUUUUUCUCUCCUUCCUUAUUGCCACGCUUUUAUGUCACCACAACAACUGGGAUCCUGUCACGGUGGCACUGAGAAGGCUGUACACGUUUAUUUUUCGAAGACAUCGCAUCCAGAGACUGCCAGAGGACAACGAGCUAUGUGCAAACCUAAUUCCGUUGCACACCGUCUCUCAAAAUGAAGGAAGCCUGUGGUCAUGAUGGAGAUUCAAGUGGCAAACGUGAAUCAUCUGGUUGCUGCCACAGACGAUGAACCACCCUGUGCCUGUCAAUAGAAUCCUUGAUUUGAUUUCUUUUCGUCAACUCAAAGUGCUGGACAUUAAGUAGUCAUCACUUUUAUGCCAUGUGACCAAAUGAAAAGGUAUGUUGAAGUUCAUUGGUGCAGUACCAGGAGAAGAGUGGGAUGAUCUUCACUAAGAGAUAUAUCCCUUUUGUUUAUGGGCAUAUAUUCUUCUGUGUCAUUGUAUGUUCUUACUCAUUUUUACUUACUCACUUCAGUUUUGCCUUUCAUUUGACCGCCUUACACCUCGUUUCUGCUUCUAGUUCAAAUCUGGAUCACAACACUACGUUAAACAGUGUGUCACUGACUCCAAAUGAAGAUGUGAUAUCGAGACCUAUUCAAGGCUCUUCUGUAUAGUAACAGUGAUGAGUUCAUGGUACUUAGUCUGGGCAGGUCAAGUACUAAAAAGAACAAACAUCUGCAUAUACCUCAACAUAUUUCCCACCUCCACCCAACCUCUACGUGAAACUGACACAAUAUGCUUUACAAUUUUAACCCCUGCCAAAAUGCCAUGCAAGCUCUUAUUAAUUAUCACAAUGGUACCUGUCUUUUUCCCCUUUCUCCGAGAAAUAUUAGUCAGUCAUCUGUGAACUACCGGUGAGUGUUAUUCAGAGCAGGGGUGCCCAACCGCCAGGCCAUGGCCCGGUACCAGUCUGUGAGCAGGGCCGAACCAGGCUUUCAGUUGCAAUGCAAUAAUUUAUAACUAUUUUUUUAAAUAAAAAUGUAAAUAACUACAUACAAUUUUAUGUAAGUGGAUAUCAAUUUUGUAAGUAUGGGACAUUAUUUAAUAAAUAAAAAAAAUUAUAUACAGUCAGAAAUCUCCCAGUUUUGCAUGCUUAUGUUGUUUGUUGCGAGCGUUGAGACGUCCCACUCUGUUCAAGGUCCUUGAACGCAGCAUCCAACUUUGUCCCUCGCUGCACAGAUAGACUACUAUACUGUAUUUUUCCCGGUUUUCCUUCAUCUCAUAUUUGGUCCCAAAUGCUGAUACUAUGUGGGAAUGCAUCGAGGUACGAUUUGAUGACAUUAUUGAGUGCCAAUGUAAAUAUUUGUCCAGUCCACAACCUCAAGUUAAUUCAUGCUAGCACAUGCUAGUCUGUUAUGACACACAUCAAACAGACACGUUAUAAUCUUCUGUCUGAAAACCAAACUCCAGGCUCGUACUGAUGGAUGAAUAAAUAAAUUAAUUAAUAAAAAAAAAUGAAUGAAUAAAAUAGCAUGUGAUCCUAUACUGUAAGACACAUGGUGUCUUCAGAAUGGGAGUAAAUGUUGUGUACACUGAAACAUGAAGUAUUCACCUUUUUUAUUACAUUCAGAUGACCACUAAAUUUUCUUGUUUACAAAUCAUUUUGUGGGUCGCAUGGUGGUUAGUAUGUUGGCCACACAGUCAGGAGAUCCGGAAAAUCUGGGUUCGAAUCUCCGGUGGACAUCUAUGUGUGGAGUUUGCAUGUGCGUGGGUUUUCGCAGGGUUCCCUCCCACAUUCCAAAAACAUGCAUGUUAAUCGUGUGAAUGGUUGUUUGUCUAUAUGUGCCCUGCGACUGACUAGCGACAGUCCUGGGUGUACCCGGCCUGAAAAUGGAUGGAUGGACAAAUCCAAAUCCAUCCAUCCAUUUUCUAUACCAUCGAGGAAAAGGCUUCUUGAGACGUCAUCUGUACUUCUGUGUAGAAGAAGUACAGAUGACGUCUCAAGAAGCCUUUUCCUCGAUGGACAACUCCUGUACGACUGAGAGCCUACACAGACGAUUUUCUAUACCACUUUUCCUCAUUAGGGUUGCGGGGGCAUGCUGGAGCCUAUCCCAGCUGACUUCGGGCGAGAGGUGGGGUACACCCUGGACUGGUCGCCAGCCAAUCGCAGGGCACAUGUAGACAAACUACCAUUGGAUGGACAAAUCAUUUUGUAUUUUUGUGUCAAGAGUAAAAUAUUUGCACACAUCCAACUACCUGUAUUCUUUUUCAUGUAACUGUACUUUCAUUCCCUGUAAUGAGAAGACAACAUUUCUGAUGUUUGUCAUGCACUUCAAAUUCUAAAUGUGAGAUCUGUCAUUAUUAUUAUGGAGUGCUCAAGUGCUCACUAACUAUGUUCACUAACUGCAGAAAGCAAUAACAUGACAGAACGGGCUUGAAACUUCAACAAACAUUAUUUUACGUUCUGCUUUGCUCUGCUCUGCUUUUUUCUCCAUAUUUUUUGGAGAUAGUUUAUACUAAGCAUGGGCUGGUUACUGGUUUCAAGGUAUACCACGGUAUGAAAAGUCAGGGUUUCAAAAUAAAAUAGUCCGUCCUACGGUAUGAGAGAAAGUGGAGGUCCAGCCCGGCCACUAGUAUGUGGAAAUACUUUGUCAUGUUCUGUGUUAUUCGUCACAGAUGUAAUUGGGCUUAAGUGUGCUGAAACCACGGGAAUCAGCUGUGUUGUCAAAAACAAAAGAGAUAAAAGCCGCGGAUUAAGUGGUAUAAACCUUUUAUUCUCCACUGAACAACAAACAGCAAUCACAUUACCCAGAAACAGAAGUGAAACUUGGUGGUGCAAGCAAAUGAAUAAAAACUCAGAAAAUAUACAAUCCAACAAUUCCAAAACAAUUGUGGUCAAGUUGUGACCUGCACAUUCACCACGCUAUGAAAUAAUAAUAACGAAACAUUACCUUUUUUUUUAUUAUUACUAUUAUUAUAUAUAUGGUGACCUUUUUUGAGCCACUGAUUGACCCAGUAAUUGCAUUUAUAAAAAAGUAUAUACAUUUAUAGUCUUGUGACAUGAGUCGCAAGAUUAGCCACCAUAGAUGCAUUAAGAAUAAAUGUAUUAACAAUGCCAUUACUGAAAUUACAUUUCGUAAAUACAGUUAGUGAACUCGAAAUAUUUACUUAUAUGAUAUAAGUGCUUUUAAAUCAAAUUUAUGUUGCACCUUAUGGUCAUGAAAAAAUAACCAGAUUUUUUUCGAAUGGUAAUUAAUGUGUGGUCCUACCCACACUUGUAGGUCAAUACAGUAAAUCUAUGUUGAUUGUUUUCCCGACCAUCUUAUAUGUGUAUGGUCUAUUGUGAGUGUAUGAAAUUGUACAAAAUGUAUGUCCAUUUUAUUUUAUUUUUUUGCAUUUUCAAUUAUGUCUUGAAGUAAAACCAUUUUCUACAUAAGAAAUUAAAUGCCUUGACGUUUUCUUCCUCAAGUGUGCAAAUCCAAGUUAAAAUAUUUGUAUUAUUUAUUAUUUUGUAUGUUGCUUGUUAAGCGUUGGUAACACGGUAGGGAAUGAAAAAGUAAAAUAAAGAAAAAGGAAAAACCUCUUUGAUACUGCUAAUCAAGUUUUUAUUGACAUCUACAUGCAGGUCAUAUUUCUGCAGUAUUGUCACGAACUGUUGGUGUGGUAGUGUUGAUGUUGGUGAACGCACCUUGCUGUUAACGUUAUUGGUGGAUAAAGAGGAAGUGUGUUCUGGGAGGGAGACAAGUGUGCGACCUGAACUGUGUCCGAGCGCCCCUAUUGGCGUUAAAGUUGGCA